AUGGAUGAUCAAGAACCAUGGCACAAUUCCACCCAUGCUAUCAAUGGCUGCUGGCCAAGAAGCCACUCGGUUCGAAAAUACGAUCGUUUAGCGUCGUACGGCAACAUGGCGGGCGUAAGAAGGGCGAAUAAAGUUUCCAUGUGGACUCAAAUGUGGAGGGAGAUGAAGAGAGGAAGUAAGAAGAGAAUGUUCCGUUGUUCGAACUCGACGAGUUUGAGUUACGAUGAACAUUCUUACUCGCAGAACUUCGACCCGGGCUCCGUUCGCGGUUCCCUCGAGAAUCUUCGAGGAGCCGAGAUUGAUGGUUUGAAUGUUGAUCAAAUGUAG